AUGAGAUAUUAGUAAUUAAUAAAUCAUGCAAUUGAUCUAAUAAAAUCAUAUAAUGCAGUGAUUUAAACUCCUGAUUCUCAUUGUGAGUAAUAUAUAUAGGAGAAGUGUAAGAAAUUAUUUGAUACAGAAAUAAUGUUUCUGAAAUAAGUAAAACAUUUGAUGUUAGUAUCAGGUAUUUUCAGGAGUAUAAAGAUAUGAGGAAUUUCUAAAGAUAUUGACAAAAACAAUGUUUACAAUAUUAUCAAGCACUACAAAUCGUAAUGAUGGAACUUUAUAUUAAAUAUUUUCAUAUUUGAUAAUUUUUAGAUUGGAUGAAUUACCAUAUAACGAAUUCAAAAAAAUGGUGAAUGAAUAGGAUCCUGUGAAGAUGAAUGUUUUAUUAUAAUUUCUAUUUGAUAUUGAGAAAAAUGAAACAUAAAUAAAACCUUUAUGGAUAGAAAUAUAUGAUCCUUAAUACAUUUAAGAAACUGUUAUUGGUGGUCUUGAAUAACAUUUUACAAUGAUGAAAGAUUUAUUAAGUUCUUUAAGUUCAAGAGCAACAUGUAAGUAAAGUGAUUUAGUUGAAGAAGAUGAAAGACCUUAAUCUGCUGCAAAAAAAUAACCAACUAAAACAAUUCCAUUUAAAUUAAGUGAAACUAAAAAGAAACCUGAAACUCCACCUCCUCCUAAACCUUAAUAAUAUAAAAGUAAACCUGUUCCAAAUUAUCUUAAUAAAAGAACACUCUAAUAAGUUGAAGAAGAAAAUAAAUUAAGAUUAGAAUAAUCAAAAAAAAAAGUUUAAGAAUCUUAUAAGGAAGUUAAAUAAUUUGAACUUAAAACAGAAUAAAGACCUACUAAUUAUGAAAUUGUCAAAAAAGAAGUUGAAGAUACUUUAAAUAAAUAAUUAUAAUUUAAUAUGAAACAUUUCAGACCUGUUCCAACUGAAUUAGAAUAAGCAGAAAUUAAAUUAAAUGCUGCAGCUAUUUUAAGAGAAGAAAUGUUAUUAAAGAAAAAAUAAGAAUAAGAAAAAGAAAGAGUUAAAAAUUUAGAAGUAAAUCUUAGAGAUUCAGGAGAAUUUGAAGAAUGGAAAAAAUAAUAAGAUUAAAUUGAAUAUAUUGCUAAAAUAGAAUAUUAAUAAUAAAAAAAGAUUGAAAUGGAAUUAGCAAGAGAAGCAGCUAUGAGAGCUUAAGAAGAUAAAUUUAAAGAAAAUAGAAUAUUAGCUGAAAAAAUGAAAGAAGAAGCAAUAGAAAGAUUAAAAGAAAGAUAAGAAUUAUAAUAAGAAUAAGUAGAACAUAAAAAGUAAUUGAUUGAACAAAUUAUAGAAGCAGAAAAGAAAGUUUAUAUAUAAGUUGAAAAAGUAUAAGAAAAAAAUAAAUAAAUGGCAGAAGAAUAAAAAUUAGAAAUGGCAAGAAAACUUGAAUUAAAAAGAUAAGAAGAUGAAUAAAUUAGAAUAAAAAGAGAAGAACUUAUUAAAUAAAUUAGAGAAUUAGAAAGAUAACCAAUUAAAAGAACAAAAGGAUAUGAUCCUACUGAAACUAUGGGUUAUGGAUUAUUAGAAGAAAUGUCAUUAGCAGAAUUAAGAGAUAGAUUAAAUGUUGUUAAAGCUGAAAGAAAAGUAGAAGAAGAAGAAAAAAGAAAAGAAAUUGUUUAAUCUAAAGAUGAUUAUUUAUUAUCAAUGUAAAAGAAAGUAUAGGAUAUUAAAGAACAUAGAAGAGCAGAAUCAUAAUAAAAAAAUAUGGAAAGAGAAGCUAAGAAAUUCAAAAAAUAGAAAGAAGAAGAUUUAAAAAAAAAAAUAAGAGAAGAUUAAUUACUUGAAGUUUAAAAUAAAAUCAGUUCCAAAAAAUAAAUUAAAAGUACUGAAGAAUAAAGAAUUGCUGCUGAUGUAAGAGAAACUAAACUAAGAUAAUAAUAUAUGAAUGCUAAUAAAGCUAUGGUUGAAAUGAAGGCUUGGAAAUCUUAAUAAGAUGGUAAAUAGUUUUAUUAUUUUAGGAUUGGAAAGGGAAAUUCAAAAUAGACAAAAUGAAAAAUUAAUUCUCUAAGAAGGAGUAGAAUCUGUUAAUUUAAAAGAAAGAAAAAUACUUGCUGAAUAAGCCAAAAAAUUAGUCAAAGAAAAAGUUGAUUUUAAUGAAGCUUAUGAUAAAGAACUGAAAACUGCUUAUUAAAGGAACGAAUAACUUAAUCAAGAAGAAGCUUAAAAUAGAACAUAAAUGCAUAAUAUCUAAAAAGAAUGGAAGCAAGAACAUACUAAAAAUAUGAUUACAAGAGAUGAAUAUAAAUAGAAAAUCUCAGAAAUCUCUUUAAAUAAUUCAAAAAAAAAAUCACAAUAAUAAUAAAAAAUCUAAUUCUAAUAAAGUAAUCAAUUAGAAAAACUACCAUCCUCAUAAUAUUCAUGA